AUGAGUGCCAUUUUAUCGGCAGAUGACUUGAACGAUUUCAUCUCUCCGGGUGUUGCCUGCAUCAAACCGGUAGAGACGCUUCCAAAGAAUGAGUCCUCAAAUUCCCAGAACCCAUACGAAGUGACCACGGAAGAUAAAGUUCAGCCUGAAAACUUGCCCCCAGCACAGAUAUCGUUGACCGACUGUCUUGCCUGUUCAGGCUGCGUCACCUCCGCUGAGGCGGUGCUGAUCUCGUUGCAAUCGCACGCCGAGGUCCUCAAUACCCUUGACGCAUAUCCCGAAUUACCAUUGACGCAGAACAACAAUGGGCCUUACAUCGACAGUAGUAAUGUGCCUGACGGAGAAAGCAGGAUUUUCGUGGCCAGUGUUAGCCCUCAAGUGAGGGCAAGCUUGGCUGCUACCUACGGCAUAUCAGAGAAGGAAGUGACAUACGUGAUCGAUCAAUUUCUAAGCGGGCCCCACGGCUUACGGGCUGGAGGAAAACACGGUAGCGGCUUCACUUGGGUUGUCGAUACCAACAUCAUGCGUGAAGCAGUACUCGUUCUUACAGCAGACGAAGUUGGCGAGACUUUGAAGGAACCAUCUGGAAGAGGUACUUCAAAAGAUCCUCUCCCUAAGCGGCCAGUUUUGUCAUCAGCCUGUCCGGGGUGGAUUUGCUAUGCUGAGAAGACACACCCUUUCGUACUCCCCCAUCUUUCUCGACUGAAGUCCCCUCAAGCAUUGACGGGCACCUUUCUGAAGACCGUGCUCAGCAAAGCUCUGGGUGUGCCGCCUUCCCGCAUAUGGCAUCUCGCGAUCAUGCCUUGCUUUGAUAAGAAGCUUGAGGCCAGUCGAGAAGAACUCACUGAUGUGUCAUGGUCCCCGCUUGACGGUGGAGCAGUUUCAACUGAGAAUAAGCCUGUCCGUGAUGUCGAUUGUGUUAUUACUACUCGAGAGCUACUUACAUUGGCUUCGUCCCGUGGGAUAUCUCUCCCUACAUUACCGCUGAAAUCCCUUGCGCCAUCAUUUGCCCCACAAUUCCCAGAUGAGACACUUAACGCGUUCCUGUUCCGCAAGCAUAAUGCGUCGGAACAGUCCAUGGAGACCGGUACAUCUGGUGGUUACCUUCAUCACGUCCUUAAGACUUUCCAAGCCAAAAGUCCUGGAAGUGAGAUUGUGACCCAGAGGGGGAGAAAUGCUGAUGUUGUGGAGUACUCGCUUAUGUCUCCUGGAGGCGAAACCCUCAUGAAAGCCGCUCGCUAUUAUGGUUUCAGGAACAUCCAGAAUCUUGUCCGGAAGCUCAAGCCUGCACGUGUGUCACGGCUCCCUGGGGCUAGAGUGCCUGCAGCUUCAGUGGGCGGCAAUCGGCGACAGCCAAUCUCGAGAAACGGCGCUGCUGCUGGGUCUGGGACGGACUAUGCUUACGUGGAAGUUAUGGCGUGUCCGGGUGGCUGUACCAAUGGCGGAGGGCAGAUACGUAUUGAAGAUGCCAGAGAAGUAAGCUCCAGUGCACAGUCAGUAGCGGCAGCAGAGAACCCAUCAAAGCCAACCCCGCACGAGCAGCGGGCCUGGCUCGCUCGUGUCGACGAAGCAUAUUUCUCUGCCGAGUCUGAUACCGAAGGCGAAAUGGAUGGUCAGACACAGCCCCUCACCAUCCCUGAGAGGGAGGCUAGGGUUCAUGAAGCUUUUGAGUAUUGGUCCGACUUGAUGAAGAUUCCUCUUUCGAAACUUGUCUAUACGACUUAUCGUGAGGUUGAGAGCGAUGUUGGCAAACCCAAAGACGCCCCUAUUGAUACUACCCGCGUCGUAGAGUUGGCCGGGAAGAUCGGUGGUGGUUGGUAG